AUGUUGAAAAUGUUGUUGUCUUUAACGUCAAAGGGUGACUCAGGUAGAAAAUUUGUUCCAGCUGUAAAAAGAAGCAAAGAAAAUUCAUGGAAGUUGUUUACAUCAACCAUAGGACCCAAAAGCGACCCAAGCCUAGUUUGGUCUAAAGUCAGAUCCUUGCGUGGUCUCAGCAAGGAAAAAGAACUCCACAUUAUAAAAGAUAACUCUCUUCACACCAACCCGACCGAGGUCGCUAACCUCAUCGGAAAUAUCUUCUACGCAAACAGCUCUGACACCAACUAUGAUGAGCCAUUUAUAAAUAUGAACAACAUAAGCGACUUCCAAGAACUUCAUUCCAACAGUAACCCAACAGACCAGGAACAAAAAUAUUUAAACUCCCCAAUCAGUUUAAACGAAUUAAACUGGGUCAUAACCAAUAGCUCCAGUCUCUUCCUCGGUCCCGACGAAAUUCCAUAUAUCUUCAUACACAAUUUGCCUCUGUCAGCAAUCCACUUCAUGCUCCACUUAUUCAACAAAAUUUGGGACAGCGGACAAAUCCCUAAGCUUUGGAAACAUGCUUAUGUUAUCCCUAUUUUAUAG